CGAUCCAUCUCGGUGCCAAGUACACCGCCCGGUGCAACGGGUGCGUUGCUGCGUUGCCACCACCAGCACCUGGCCCUCGAACCGGUACAUCUUUCAUUUUUCUUUCCCUUUGCUACUUCAAGCAAUCGAUACGGCGGUACACACACAGCAGCUCAGCGGGACCUUUGCCGAAUGAAGCCAUCCAUCUCCAUCGACCUGCCAGGGUGGUGCACCCUUCAACGAGAUCCCAAAGAAGCUGAAAGCGACGAGCUCCUGACCCUAGUGGAUGACGUGGCCGGCUCGGUCGGCACUCACGACCUCGAUGGCAGGGGUUACUCUUCCAACAGCAACGCGAGCGGGGAAAACUCCGGCAACGGUGACAAUGAGAGUGACGAUGACGACGACGCAAUCGCUCGGCUGUUUUCCGUUGGCGGGCUCAAGCGGAAGAGGAGCUCGGACUCGCGCCAGCAGACAGGGGACGGGGGCCAGACGCGCAGCAGCGGCAGCGGUAUCGCUGGGCGCGCGGGGAGGGGCACCGCAAGAUCUAACCUCGAAGCCGAGGCGUACGCGGACUGGCCGUGCGUGAGGUGCACCUUCAUCAACGCCUUCACGGAAUUCGCGUGCGGAGGCUGCGGUGGCGCGAACAAGAAGCGGGACCGCUUGCUGCGGGAGAGGAGGGAGGAGGCCGAGAAGCUGAGCAGGCUGCAGACCGCCCGCCGACGUCGAGACAGGCGAGAGCAAGCGUUGAAGGACGUGUUGGAAGACAGCAGCGACUCCGAAAACGACGACCACAACCGGCGGAGAGAAAGCCCAGCUUCCCAUACAAUGAAACCGGUCGAGGACGAAACACCGGUGUCGACGGUAUCCGCGUCGGAGACCACGAGCGCCGCUCCGGCAGAUGAUAACACCGGCCGGGCGAAGACCCUGCAGCAGCACCCAGGUACUGGUGGCGGUUGCGUUAUCAGUAUUCUCCCUCCCGAUCUGUUACUGCAGUGCGCGGAGUAUCUGGGAGACGCUCGUAGCCUUUGCCGCGUACGCGAGGUCUGCGUCGGGUGGCUGCUAGCCCUUGACGACCGAGAGGCCGGGAACCGGCUCUGGCGGCCGCUGUUCUACCGCCUUCGCGCCAGCGGUUCGAUCCACAAGGCCACCGACGCCACCGGGCAGCAGAACCGACAGCUCAAGGUUUAUGACCUUGGCACUACGCCGCCAAACCGCGGCAGCAGUGCGUCGGCGUUCGGGAACGGCCUCACGGCAGGCGUGUCCACGCCGAGCCCCUCGCUGAAGACGAGAUUAUCGUCCGGAGGGCCCGCUGCUUUGGCGGCAGGGAAGGGGACCCCGUGGUCUGCGGGCUCGGGUUCCGCGGCGGCGGCGGUUGUUGCUUCUUCGUGCGUGGUAUGCGGCCUGAUUCAGAGGGACGGGUACUCCGGUAAGGACUGCGAGAUGUGCGCCUCUGCCUUGGUGGUGGUCCGAGGCCGGGAAUCUCCGGCCAUGCCGCGACUGGCCUACACCCGGGUCAACCUAUCGGGAGGGGGCGGCUCUUCUUCUUCCUUGUCCUCCCCGACGACGAUGCGCCGGCAGCAGCACCCGGGAUGGCUAGCCACCGGGGCCGGAUCUUCUCCGUCCCCUGAUCUCCGACAGAAGGGACCUGUCGGGGGCAUCAUCCCCCCCGGAGCGACCGCCGAUGGUGCUCGCCAGGCGGAGAGGAGCAGCGGCAGCGGCAGCAGCAGCGGCGGCGGCGGCGCACAGGGCCUCGAGGAGGAGUUUGGUGGGGGUGCGCGCAGCGUUGACUGGCAUUUCCUGGUGAAGAGACUGGCGGAGGAAAAGCGGAUCGCCCGCGGGUGGGGGUCCCUGCAACACGGUUGGGUGUGGCUCCAGCGUGAGCUCCAGGCGAGCACUCCUACGGCGGCCGGCCGGGCCGCAGCAGACGGCGAGCCGGACCCCAGGAUAGCCCGCCUCGUCCGCAAGCUGUCGACCAAGAAGUGGGUGGUCCUGUACGACAGCCUCAAGGCCACCUUCACGCUCCAGGCGGAGGGCAUUGCCAGGGAGGUCGUUUUCGCGGCCGCGGCUGCAGCAGCCGGGGCCGCCGCUCGGGAGGACCAAGGCAAGGGAGUUGUGGAUGCGUGCGGGAGGCCGGGGGCUUCUGCUGGCCUGGAAGGGCUGAAGGGAUGCGUUGCUGCGUGGGAGGCGUACAAGGAUUGGUGCGAGGAGGUGGACAUGUACUGUGAGCUUCUCAACGAACACAUAUCUGCAGAAAGGUACCGCACGGCUGGCGCCGGAUGCGGUCGGGGGGACAACACCCCCUACAUCCGAGACACGGCGCUGAUAAGCUUCCGGCAUUCCUUCGCGCUAAACGUCCAGGUUUGCGCCAUGCUGCGAAUGGCGAUAUCCAAGGGCAUGCCUACCCCAGGCACAGACUCAUUCUCGGCUACCGGACCACCCCCUAAGGCCGCCCGAUACGAGCCCGGUAGAGGCGGUGCCAAGCAAGACAACCCGAGAUCAGACGCGGCGACGUCGACGGCCGGAGAUGCCGACGAGCUCUUCACCGACCUCGAGUUGAUGGAGGACUCAAGAGCGAUCGAUUUUUCCGUCAGGUCGUUCUCGGGGCCCGGCGGCGGCGGGGGCGCGGGCGGCGGGCCCGGUAGCAGGGGGGCGUCGACAAACAGCGGUGCCUGUGGCGGCGGCGUUGCGGGCAGCAGAGCGUUGAGGGCCGCAAGCGCCAGCCGCUUGUCUGUCGGGUCAUCUCGUCCGGGCAACUACUACGACUGGUUUCUCAGCAAGCUGGAGGGGAAGGAGGCGGGGAUAAUCCGCGGGGACAUCGACGCUCGCGGGAAGCGCGUGGUGCGGUCGCCGCCCCACGGGGAGGGGAACGGGGCGACCGGCGGGGGUGCGGGUGGCGUGUUGCAGACAGCAGCGACUCAAGCGGAACUGUUGGAGGUUGUCGGUGACAUGGUGGAGGAGUUGGACGUGCCGGAUGACGCCUUGUCGAAGGACAGGCACACGCAGGGCGCGAUGCGAAGGCUCCUUCUUCUGCCCGUGAAGCGUUGGCAGGCGGCGGCGGCUCGCAACGACAACGCCGAGGGGGACCCUCGAAACCUGCUCAUGGCAGGCCUCUCCCCUGCCCCAGGCAAGGAGGGUUUCCACCGCUUGCGCGGAGGGGCGGCGGGCCGAAGAAGGAAGGGUGCCCCACCGAUGUCCUCCCUUGGGAAGGACGCCGGGAAGUCUUGGGAGCAUCUCAGCACCUUCUUCGGCUGAGGUUAUCCCCGCUCGCUCGCUGCUUUGUGAGAGGUUGUGCGGUUUCCGUGGGUGUUGCGGGGUGGGUGCGGACAUGGAGCAAGCCUGGGGGCAUAGGCGUGGGUCAGGUGCCUGCUGGCUGAAAGCUGGUUUGUGUGCUUUUGCCAGCGUCAACACUCGUCGUGUAGCAGCGCCUUUCGCUUCUACAUUCUAACGUGAUUUGCCGAGAAUGUGAAGAAGUUCAUCCCUGAAAGUAUUGAUCGUUGUUAAGAAAUAUGGAUUGUGUUUGGUACUUAGCCACGGCUCGGAAGGCGGAACGGCCAGGAAUACACGUGCUUGUCGGUGUUAUCCGAUAUAAGCGUCGUUUGUGUCGACUUGUGUCUGCCACCAUGGCUUGAGGGACAGGAAACGAUUACCAUAAUAUUACGAUGCGUAAUUUUUGCGUUGUAGUUUUUGACUUGCAGAUUGUGCUCUUUUUGUAUCGAUGAAUAGUUCUGGUGUAUGUCAAGCACAUGCCAUAUGAUGUAAAUAUCGACGAGCGGAGGUAUUGUUCAAUAGCGUAGUAUUAUCCCUUACGGCAAUAACGUAAGAACACCACGAGGUGCGAGUGUUCCAAUUUUGAAGGAUUUCGAAUAUUUAGUCAAGUUUCGCUCCGCGCGAAGGAUCAUGCCAAAUCGGAACCAUUCGCCGAUGAUACUAUGUACUCGUUAGCAAAUGAGCUACCAACGAGAACUCGUCGCUGGCUUAAGUCGUUUCACGAAAAGGGGCGACGCAAUCUUUAAGGCGUGGUGUCCGCAUUGGAUGUUUUCGCGGCACAAGAAGGGUCUCCGACUGCUUGGAACCUCUCGCUACCGCUGUUGUAUACUACAGGGCUACCUUGCCGGUCUGCUCUACAGGUGCUCCCUCCCCUUCUUCCUGUGGUUCGUUCUUGAAGGACUUGGCGAUCUCGCGCAUGGUAACGUAGGCGACGUUGGCCUUGGCGCUUUCUCUCUCCGCCUUAUCUCGCUCUCCCUUCCAUCUGUCCAGCGUGUCGGGCUCGGUCUUGUUGUCCGCCUCGAGUAAUCUCACCUGGA